CAGUGGCCUCCACAAUGGUAAUACAUCAUUUGGGCUAGGGAAACUGUCUCAGUGCCAAUGAGGAAAUAAGAUGGUUCUUCUUUCUUCCCUAUGCCCGCCCAUAAAAAGAGCAGUUAUCAGUUUCUUCCCCUUACAUUUUGACAUUUUGCACAUUUAGCAGGCCCUCUUAUCCAGUGUUACUUAAAGCUGUUGUUACAAUUGGAACACACCAUAGAACAAUGUGAUGGCAUUUUAUCUUCUUAUCACUCUGGGAUUUCGAUUCAUUUCAGCGGAGUCACUUCUGCCUCAACCACAAAACGUUGAGGUGGUCUCUUACAACAUGGAUGCCAUAGUUAAGUGGGACGCUCCCCUUACUUCACUAAAAAACCUUACCUACACAGCUGAAUACAGAAUGCCUUCAACUGCCUCCUUCUACACCGUAUGUAAAGCCACCAAAGAGCACAGGUGUGACUUCGGUAAACUUCCCAGUUGCCAUGGAAAUUAUCAAUUCAGAGUGAGGAUAGAGUUAGAGGGAAAUACCUCCAGUUGGGCGGAAACCCCAAACUUCUCUCUUAAGAAAGGAACCGUAAUUGGUCCUCCAAACGUAACCUUGGUCACCAAGGGAGGAGCUUUAGGAGCUGUGGAGGUGAACAUUCAGAAUCCGGUGCUAAAGAUCUCAUCACUGAAAGAAGCCUACAGCAAAGUGGAAUACAAUAUCAGAUACUGGAAGAAGACUGACAAGAAGGAUGUGUCUGAGAGAGAGAUGGUGACUGAGCAACGUGUUAGGCUGAAGCCACUGGAGCCCAACACCAGAUACUGCGUUCAGGUCCAGGUGUACAUACCAAUGCCGCACAACAAUACGGGGCAGUACAGCAAGGCUGCGUGUGUGAUGAGCACCACAAACAACACAGCCACAGCGGAGUCACUUCUGCCUCAACCACAAAACGUUGAGGUGGUCUCUUACAACAUGGAUGCCAUAGUUAAGUGGGAAGCUCCCCUUACUUCACUGAAAAACCUUACCUACACAGCUGAAUACAGAAUGACUUCAACUGCCUCCUUCUACACCGUAUGUAAAGCCACCAAAGAGCACAGGUGUGACUUCGGUAAACUUCCCAGUUGCCAUGGAAAUUAUAAAUUCAGAGUGAGGAUAGAGUUAGAGGGAAAUACCUCCAGUUGGGCGGAAACCCCAAACUUCUCUCUUAAGAAAGGAACCGUAAUUGGUCCUCCAAACGUAACCUUGGUCACCAAGGGAGGAGCUUUAGGAGCUGUGGAGGUGAACAUUCAGAAUCCAGUGCUAAAGAUCUCAUCACUGAAUGAAGCCUACAGCAAAGUGGAAUACAAUAUCAGAUACUGGAAGAAGACUGACAAGAAGGAUGUGUCUGAGAGAGAGAUGGUGACUGAGCAACGUGUUAGGCUGAAGCCACUGGAGCCCAACACCAGAUACUGUGUUCAGGUCCAGGUGUACAUACCAAUGCCGCACAACAAUACGGGGCAGUACAGCAAGGCUGCGUGUGUGAUGAGCACCACAAACAACACAACCACAGAUGGGGAGCGAAGGUUGUCUGAGGGCCUGGUGGUCAGUUUGGUGACGGUAGCUGUGGCUUUUCCACUACUACUCCUAGUCCCCUGGGUCAUCUACAAAGGGAAAAGGUUUCUCCAUCCCAAGGUUAAGCUGCCUGAGCAUUUGAAACAGCACCUGAUUGAUUCUCAUGAAUACCCUUACCUGGCCUCGCAGAUCACCUCUCCUCUACAAGAGAAGUAUGAUCAGAUCAGCGCUCUGUGUGAGGAAAAUCCAUACAAUGUGCUGACUGACAUACCAGAGGACAACCUUUACCAUGUGGAUAGUGGGGUCUCUGUGGAGAUGCCUAAAUACUACAAUGCUGUUGCUGAAAAUGCCAUUUUUGACAUGCCCUACAAGAAUAUCUGACAAUGGUAUCAAGACAUGAGCUACUGUAAUCAUUCUGUAUAUGGGCAUAUGGAAUCUGAGUAUAACAGGUAGUCAUGAUGGAUUGCAAGCCAUUAACAUUAGCAUAGGCCCCUACCCUUCAACAUAAAUAUUUUAACUUUUAAGUGUUUUUUCUCUUAAAGUUUCCUGCUUACAAAACCGCAUACAACUUCAUACUUUUUAGUUGCUUUUUUUACAUACUUUAUAUAUAUACAUACUACCAGUCAAAAGUUUGGACAUACCUACUUAUUC